UACCAACAUGUCGACGUCGGAUAACUUCUUAGUCAUCGAGCCUUCGCAGGAGUUGCGAUUCAAAGGCCCAUUUAAAGAUGAAGUGUCUAGCAGUAGCUUGACCCUUACCAAUACAUCAGACAAGAAGAUCACUUUCAAGAUCAAGACCACUGCACCAAAGAGAUAUUGUGUGCGACCAAACCAGGGUAUAGUGGAGCCAGGAGCCACAGUCAACAUUGCAGUAAUGCUUCAGCCAUUCGAUUACGAUCCUGCGGAGAAAAACAAACACAAGUUCAUGGUACAGACGAUGUUCCUGCCUGAGGGAGAGGAGGUGGAGUUGGAGACCCUGUGGAAGACUGCCAGUCCGGAGCAGAUCAUGACCUCGAACAAGAUGCGCUGCGUGUUCGAGCUGCCGGCGGAUGCACAGGAGGAUCUGGUCAACAGGCCGGAGCCGAAGGACAUGAAGAUGGCGACGGAGGAGCUGCGCAAGCUGCGGGAGGACCUGAGCAGUGCCCGCGGCGAAAAUCUACAGCUCAGGGAGGAAGGCAUUCGAUUGCGGCGCCAGCUGUCGAGUGCGGCCAGCGCGCCGGGCAGCGCCGCUGCCGACGCCGCGCCCGCCGACACCACCAUGUACUAUGUGAUGGCCGCCGUGGCGCUAGUCAUCGGCGUCAUCGUAGGCAAACUUGUCAUGUAGACCGGUCCGAUCCGCCGCCGCCGCCGCUGGCAGAGCAGCACCACCGCCAGCAGCAGCAGCAGCAGCAGCUCUCCCGUACCAAAUCAGAGGCGUGUGCCUGCGCUUGUCCGUCGGUGUGGAGUCGGACCGCGUACGACCCCUCCCCUCGUCCGCCCGCACGCAUCACGGAAUUUCUUAUCUGUCCCCGGUUUCGGCCCCUGCCGCGAUUGAAAUGGCCCGUGAAUCUGGGGGCGAUCGUUGCCGACGGCUCCUCCGACCCCCUCUGCCCGAACCAAGGUAGUGGCGAAUGGCUUGCCGUUCUGGUGUGGCCGUAUGCGAGAGGUUGUGCACGCAUGCGCGUCAGGGAUGGAGGCGCCAAGGCCUGGCAUGGGGUGUUGGUGUGGGAGUGCCGGUGUCACUCUGAACAGUGCAGCGAGCUGCGGCGUGUCGUCCCACCGCCUGCCAUUGGCCAGCCAGCGAUUGUCCAGUCUGCGCCGAGAGGUUGCUCCUGGGUUAGCGGGCGAGGGAGCGGUGGGUUGUUGUCUUUUCUACGGCGCCCGACGGAGGAGGGGCGCUCUGUUACUGUGGCGCCCCGAGCUGUCGUGAAAUCGCCGGUUGUUUGGCUGUGUGGAAAUAUUGCGCUAGUCGUGGGUUA